AUGGCCCGUCGCCUCAGUCACCACGACUAUACGGUCGGGUGGGUAUGCGCCUUGCCGGAUGAGCUCACUGCCGCACAGGAGAUGCUUGACGAAGAACAUCAAGACCUCCCUCCGAAUCACACCGAUUCGAAUAUAUAUACGCUAGGAUCUAUAGGGGCCCACAACGUCGUUCUGGCGUGUCUGCCUGCAGGCCAGACGGGUAACAAUUCUGCUGCGGCAGUCGCCAUGCAGAUGAAGAGCACGUUUCCGGCCGUUCGAUUUGGGCUGAUGGUGGGAAUAGGGGGCGGCGUUCCAAGUAAAGAAGCGGAUAUUCGGCUUGGUGACGUUGUGGUCAGCCAGCCGGGAAACGGUCAUGGCGGGGUGGUGCAAUACGACUUUGGAAAGUCAAUACCAGGCGAGUUCAAGCGGACGGGGUUCCUUAACGCUCCACCUAUGAUUCUACUCGCUGCCGUUACGAAGCUUCGAUCCAACCUCGACCGACGAAGAAGUAGUCUGUCGCUGCACCUGUCAAAGCUUAGUAUCCUUCGCAAGUUUAGCCGCGAUCAAGCUGGGAGCGAUAUGCUGUUUGAAGCAGAGUACAAUCAUGCUGGAGAGGAUGACUGUUCAUCAUGCACGGCCACGAGAACGAUACAAAGGAAGGGGCGGGCGGAUAAUACACCCAUGAUUCACUACGGUACAAUCGCAUCGGGGAACCAGGUGAUGAGGGACAGUGUAAAACGGGACAGGAUCAGCUUCGAAUUCGGAGGAGUUCUCUGCUUCGAGAUGGAGGCAGCUGGCCUGAUGAAUAACUUCCCGUGCCUCGUGAUCCGCGGAAUCUGCGACUACGCUGACUCGCACAAGAACAAGAGAUGGCAGCCGUAUGCUGCGGGAACCGCAGCGGCAUACGCGAAGGAGUUACUGGGAGUAAUACCGGCGCCGGAUAUAGUGAACACAAAAACCGUCGAGGAAGCACUGCGAGAGACAAAGCGUACCUUCUACCUCCCCUUGCAACGGAAUCAUAGAUUUGUCGGUAGAAGUGGAGAGCUCGAUACGCUGAAACAGAAGCUCCUUGUGAAGAAAGAUUGCCAGAAGGUGACACUCAGCGGCCUUGGCGGUAUCGGUAAAACACAAGUCGCGCUACAGUUCGCAUACUCUGUCAAGAUGGACUGUCCGGAAUUCUCCAUUUUCUGGGUACAAGCGUUGAGUAUGGAAUCUUUUGAGCUGGGCUGCAGGGAGAUAGCAGGGGCAUUAGGAAUACGCCACGAGGAAGAAAGCAGUGAAGAUGUGAAAAUCUUACUGCGGCGACGUCUAUCCGCGAAGACCGCAGGAAAGUGGUUGCUAAUUGUCGACAACGCUGAUGACCUUGACUUACUUCGUGGGACCUACCAAACAGAAGGCUUGCUCGCCUUUCUGCCGGAAAGCGAUGAUGGCCUGACCCUCUUCACAACGCGACAUGGAGCCGUGGCGCAAUAUUUGACGGGCAGUGAUGUUGUUGAGAUCGGAAAACUAACGGGACAGGAGACGACGGAAUUGUUAGAGAAGUCUUUGGUUCGAAAGAGCCCUUCUGACAACUCUAAGACUGUGAUGAACCUUCUUGCGGAGCUAGAAUAUCUCCCGUUGGCUAUCACCCAGGCGGCGGCAUAUAUUAACGCAAACAAAAGCUCUAUCUCCGAGUAUUUACGCUUACUAAAACAGACAGAGCAAGAUGCUGUUGCACUUAUAAGCACGGAGUUCGGCGAUAAAACACGAUACAGGAACUUGCCAAACACAGUCGCGAAGACAUGGACAAUGAACUUUAACAAGAUUCUCGAAUAUGACACAUUAGCGGCAAAUCUCCUCGCAUUUAUAUCUUGCAUUGAGUGGAGGGCAAUCCCAUACUCUAUUUUACCAGCAGCCUAUCCCGAAGCACGGCUGGCAGGGGCCAUCGGUACACUCUGCUCCUACUCAUUUCUGGAGAGAAGAGAUAGUGGCAUGAAAUUCGAUAUGCAUAGGCUUGUCCACUUGGCGACCAGAAUAUGGGUAAACCAGAACGGUCAUGAAGCAGAAACGAAAAUAGCGGCGUUGAAACACAUCGUGGAAGUCUUUCCCUCCGACGACUACAUUAACCGUGAGGUCUGGCGGGAUUACCUGCCGCAUGUGGCACGUAUAAAGAAGGAUAAGCAGUGCCAAGAUACAGAGGAGAUGAGCAAGCUUUGUUUGAAAGUCGGGCGGUGCUUACGCGUUGAUGGGCGAAUAAAAGAAGCUGUUCUCUGGCUAGAGGAGUCUUGCAAGUGGAGGGAUGGAGGUCUCGCCCAAGACAAUGCGGAUCGGCUUUUAUCGCAGCACGAGCUCGCUAUAGCAUAUGAGGCCAAUGGACAGGUCAAAGAGGCAGUCAAACUGCUUGAACAUGUGGUCGCGAUACGGUCGGAAGUAUUCGCAGAAGACCAUCCC